AUGGAGUCCUCCCAGCUGCCCCCUCAAAACCCCCACCCCGCCCCGAACAAUGGCCACUUUACCAUCGAGCCCAAGCACCUUGAAACCCUCGCCCGGCUCGCAUUGUCUUCCGGCAUCAACCCCUUCGCCAGGCCACACAUGGACAACCCAGACCCCACCAACGAGUACAUGUAUCAGGUGCCCCAGGGCCAGGGGAACCGGAAAAGCAUGUCGGAGGGAGGACGCCCAGGGGGAGACAAGUAUGCAGCGCCGCUAGACCUCGACGCACUCACCAAUCGUCUCGAGAGCCUUAACGAUCGUCUCGACGCGUUACAACCACAGAGCUACUCUCAUUAUCAGCAAGCCAACCCCCAGGUCCCAUUUGUUCCGCCGGGAACAGACCAUAUUCCUCCCCACAAGACCCGGCCCUCUCACAACCUCCCCGCCAAGCCCCCACACACCGAAGCAGAGCCCCAGGCCUACUCUGCUGCCCAAAGAACCAACGUCUCUACCUCCUUCCUCGAUCCCAACGAUCCCGAUCCCGACCAGGUAUACCCAACCUACCCUUCUGUCACUGAACUUGCUCCGUUCGACUCUGUCAGCAUGUAUCGUUCGGCCGACGAGCCUUCGACUACGUCUGGCCCCACCCUUCGAAGGGGAGGUACCAAUAUAGAUGGCCAAGAAGAGUAUUACCGAGAGACGGGAGGCUAUGAACGCGCAGCCGAUAGGUGGUCCCAGUCCCAGUGGUCCAAUGACAACAUUACUCAAGGGUCUCCCCAUACCGUGAGGAGAUUUGAGGAAGAGAUGACAAUCGGCCCGACCAGUAUUCGAACCCGCGGCGAUCUUGGCCGUGACAUGUACGAGAUGCGCAACCGCCUCCUCGACGCCGAAGCUCACCGCGACCAAGCAGCCAUGACGACCAUCCGCCGCCAGAUCUCUGAGGCAGAAGCUCUUGCCACUGCCAGCGCCCGUCUUGAAGCUGCAGAAAAGCAGUUGAGGGAGCUUCAAGCCAAGCUCAUCGCCGAGCAGGUGGCGAGGACGCAGAUUGAGCAUGAGGCGGGUCUCAGGAGCGACGAGGUCAAGAACUAUCAGAACGAGUGGGCGAGCGCCGUGCGUGCAUUGAAGCGUGCCAGGGAAGAGGGCCGAAAGACGGAUGAAGAGAAGAAGCGUGUUCAGCGCUGUUUCGAAGAGGCGAGGGACAAAUUGUGGAAGUACCACGAAGCCCUCCGUGUCCGCGAAGCCAGAGCCCAAGGCAAAGAAGAAGGUCGCACUGAGGCCUGGCAAGAGGCUGAGCGAUGGAUGGGUGGCGCACCGCCUAUCCCUGGUAUCGAUCCGAUCGCUUCUGUGCCCGGCGCUGUACUUCAUCAGACGCCGAUGGCCGAUCUGGCCAAUUUGUUAUCGCCGGCACUCAAAUCUCCCACCGCCAACAACUUUCGAGGCAGUCAACAGCAUGGCCAGCAGCAAAAACAAUUCCCACCCCAGCAGCAACAGCAGCAGGCCGCCCAGCCUCCCGCUCCUCCCAUGGAGAACAUUGCUCAGGUCAUGGAGUACUUUGCUCGAAACCCAUCUGCUUUUCCCCAAUUCCAACAGUUUAGCAAUGGCAGUGGGAGCUACCCGAACCAACCUACAUCUCCCCAGCAGGUUCUGAACGGUAUCCAGCACAAUGCUUCUCAGCAGGGUGCACCACAGCAAUAUGCUUCUCAAGCUCCCCAAAACGGUACUCAGCAAUACGCGUCUCAGCAGGGUAUGCAGUCUUAUCCUCAGCAGCACCAGGGCCAGGGCCAAGGAGCUGCUGCCCAGUUCAUGGGAAAGACGCCUACCCCGCCUCAGGCUCAAGUAUUGCAUCAGCAAGGCUUCCCUCCGGGUCAGCUACAGGGUAACAUCCAGGGUCAGCAUCAGACUCCAAUGGGCCAACCUCCCGCCCACCUGCGUCUUCCCACCCAGCAGCAUCCCCAGCUAAACUCAACCCGAUCUGCCGCUCAGCAGCUCCCGCGUAACAACGCGCCCACAGCCAUCUCCACCGCCGUCCACGUUCCCAUGCCAGAGUACUCUGUCAACCCCCACGUGGCAGAUAGCUACCUGGACAAGGUCGAGCAUGAUCCCGAGCUGAAGAGGAUGAUGUCUGGCGCGAGGAGCAAGACUGUGCAUACCUCGGCUGUACCGUCGACUGAUGGGCGAUAUGGCCUUCAGCCGCCUUCCGCCUCUCGCUCGCACUUUGAUGAUAGCAUGUCCAACCUCGAUAAACCGCUCCCGCCUGUCUCAAUGGCCAACUCGAAAGUCUCGCGUGCACAGAGUACAAGGGGUCCGGCAAGGGGACCGAGUACGGUGGGUAGCAGGCGCCCCAAUAGGAGGAUGAGCUUGUCGGAUGGUGGUCAAAACUACGAACAUCAUCAUCAACGACCAAUGUCUCAGAUCCCCGAUGGGGACAGGUACCCUGUCUUCCCUCUCCCCGGGCAAAACAUUCAAGGUGGACAAAAGGGAUAUGGUCAGACAGCGUCUCGAGACGCGUCCGAUUACCAGUCGAACAACACUGACCGCCUCAACCGUGGCCCUUCGGUGUCUACGCGUAGCCGUAUGGCUGAUGCUCUACGAGGUGAUAUGGAGAUUGAGCAGGGGAUCCCAGAGGUAGACGAGAGGCAGUACAAUCAUCAAGGACAGAUUCCUCCCCCUAUGCAGAUGCAGAAUGGCGGAAUGAGACCCCCUCCCUCCGGCCACCAGCGUUCUCAGUCGGGCCCUCCUAGACCGCCUCCUUCUAUGCCCAACAUGAGGCACCGCAUCACUACUGUCAUGCCCCAGCCUCUGAGCAGUCACCAGCCUCGGGCAAGAUCCGACUUUGGUCCGGGAGAGCAGCCCAAGUCUAUUGCUGCGCUCUACCACGACCGAGAUAUCGACCCCGCUGCCCGCGCCAACGACCGCAUGCCUCCCCCAGACUCGCAAUACCACCCUCCUCGCUCGCACGACAUGUUUGUCCCACCCCAGCUCGCGCCUCGUGCCGUGAGCGGUGGAGUCGAGGAUGUGCAAGGGCCAAGGACAAGUGCGCUUGGGUUGAGUCUGGGAGGUGGGGCUAGUGAGAGAGCCGGUUCGGCUGACGAUUCAAGCCGUAUGAGGGCCCCAACUUCUUCUCGCUCUCGCUCCAACAAUCCUGUUUCAACAGUAUACCCUCCGUCACCCGAAGCCCAACAGCCUCCUGUCAAUACCCACCCUGGCCCUAUCAGACUCGACACCCCUCCUGGUGAACACCACGACAACGUGAUUGAAUUCGCCCAAUCUCCUUCCCGUGUCCCAUUCAGUCACCACUCUGCCGACGCUCGUCAGCCUCACGACUAUCCUCUACCUCCUUCCAGGAGCGCCGCCCCCACUGCCUACUCUCGCGCUCCCAGUAGCCGUUCUCAUGCUCCUUCGCGCUCCCAGCCUCAGACGCCCCACCAGCACCUCCAGCCUCACGAGGUCCCUUUGCCCGGGUCGCGAAGUUUGGCGCCGACAGCGUAUAGUCUUACACCAGAUGAUACCCCUCCCGACUCGGCAGAUGUAAAGACGGUCGACUUUGCGAUGCGACUGCCUCUGCCAAGUGGUAAGGGCACCGCGUAUGAUACCAGGACCACCGUCUCUGAUGAGCCGGAGCCCGAUUUUGCAAAGACGUCUCGUGCAUCUUCUCGGCAAGCUCGACGCAAACCGUCUCCUUCCAACGGCGGACAGAGUCACAGGGGAAAUGGAAGCAAUGUCGGAAAAGGCGCUUCCACUGACCCAAGGAUGUACCCUGUCCCGUCUAGCAAAUCUCGAGGAAAGGCUUCUACCUAUGCUGCUUCCGUGGCACCCAUCGAAGAGCUCACAGAGCCAGAAAGUGCCUCUUUGCAAAAGCAGAGUCGGGCGCCGUAUAUCGUUGUAUAG